AUGCACUACGAGGCGCGUGUCCAAGCUGUCAUUGUGUACUGCGCCGAGUUCGAGAAGAUGAGUGUCAAGAAACCAGCCGCAAGAGACAUCUUUCUCACGCGAGACCAGUACUUAAGGGUGCCUCCGAACUGGUGCGCAAACAAGGCCGAGUGCUGGUCUAUGAUGGUGGACAAGUGGAUCAGCGAAGAUUGGGCCCGCCAGCACGCCUUAUGCCGGGAGCGCCGCUUGAUGAUGCCGGGUCCGGCACAUCAUCAAGGGAGCCUUAGCCUCGGCGAGUACAAGAAUACUUGGUCGGAGUCUCAUCCAGGCCAGUCUUGCAACGACUUCACGGCGUACACCAUGUCUCACAUGGGCAGGGCGACGUCGGACGUGGCCUACAACCCGGCGGCUCCACCAGAGGCCUACACAAACCCAAGCAUCCACGCGCAUCAAUGCAUACACGGAGGUGAGAAGGGCGCUCCACGGGGAGACUUGGGAUCCGACCACCACGCCACUCUCCGGAGAAGCCAUCAUGAGGGCGAGACAAGGGAAGAAGCACGGGCGGUACUUGAUCGCCAACAGCUUGGUCGACACGGCGAGUACGCCCAGUCUCUCACAGCUUAG